AUGGAGCAUGCCAUUACCCCGUUGGAACCCCUGCUUCCCGCUGGAAGUUUGAAAUACUGCCUUGUGAUUCUGAAUCAGCCUUUGGACAGAUGUUUUCGUCAUCUUUGGCGCAAAGCGCUUCUAAGAGCCUGUGCUGAUGGAGGUGCCAACCGCUUAUAUGACAACACUGAAGGAGAGAGGGAAAGCUUUUUGCCUGAAUUCAUCAGUGGAGACUUUGAUUCGAUUAGGCCUGAAGUUAGAGAAUACUAUGCUACCAAGGGAUGUGAAAUUAUUUCAACUCCUGAUCAAGAGCAUACUGACUUUACCAAGUGCCUCGAAGUGCUCCAAAAGAAGAUAGAAGGAAAAGACCUUCAGGUAGAUAUGAUUGUGACCUUGGGAGGACUGGCUGGGCGCUUUGACCAGAUUAUGGCAUCUGUGAACACUUUGUUCCAAGCAACUCGAAUCACUCCUUUGCCAAUUAUAAUAAUCCAAGAGGAAUCUCUCAUCUACCUGCUCCAACCAGGAAAGCACAAAUUGCAUGUAGAUACUGGAAUGGUAGGUGACUGGUGUGGCCUUAUUCCUGUUGGACAGCCAUGCAAUCGGGUUAUGACAACAGGCCUAAAGUGGAACCUCACAAAUCAUAUGCUUAGUUUUGGAACACUGGUCAGCACUUCCAAUACGUACGAUGGAUCUGGUGUUGUGACUGUGGAAACAGACCGUCCCCUCCUCUGGACCAUGGCCAUCAAAAACUGACCCAUGACUGACCUCCACAGCUGUGCCUCUGACUUACCUCUUGCCAACAACUUCACGCUCAACAAGAACAGUUCCCCUUGGCUGGAAGGAAUCUAAACCGGUCCCUGGGAAGCCCGCUAAUUCUAAAUACAUUAAUGUUUAGAUCAUCCAGGUAACAUUAUGAAUGAUGGAUCUCAGUUUUACA